AUGCGUCGCAUCCAACUCACAAAGCUCUUUGGAGCGGAUGCCCCUCAUGAUGACAACCACCACUUUGAGACAUCAUGGCUGCUCCCCCCAACGCUACUUGCCUGUCUGCGCGGCCUGAUCUCCCUCUACAUUUUCACCACCAUCUUCACCAUCUGGGGCUGGUACGGCUCCCACGAUGAACGCUAUGCGAUCGGCCAAAGCUUCAGCUUCUUCACUUGGCUGACAUACUGGGGUCUGGGAUUCUAUAUGCUCUUCGCGGCGAUCCAUACAGCUUGUUAUGCGCGGACGGGCCGCUCGGUCCUCUUCGAUCGCUGGCCGAGAGCUUGUCGCGUGCUCCAUGCCCUGUUGUAUGCGACGAUCACCGUCUACCCGUUCCUCGUGACUAUUGUUUUCUGGGUGAUCAUUUACUCAUCGCCGUGGUAUAAGGUUACCUUUACCGGCUGGCAGAAUAUCUCCCAACAUGGCCUGAACUCCUUCUAUGCUCUCCUUGAAAUCUUCCUGCCGGCCACAGCACCACACCCUCUAAUCACAAUUCCGUUCUUAAUUCUGUUUCUCCUCUUCUACCUCUGUGUGGCCUACAUCACCCACUAUACCCAAGGCUUCUACCCGUACUCAUUCCUUGACGUCGGCGAUCACGGCCAGAAGAGCGGUCUUGUGACUGGAUACUGUUUCGGUGUUCUAGCCGCCAUAUUGGUCAUCUUCUUUAUUGUCUAUGGACUAAUGCAUUUGCGUCGCUGGUUGACGCAUGGGAAGAUCAAGCGUGCGAAGCGGGAUGCGCUUCGUCGAGGCGAUGGGUUUGGGAGUGCUGGUAUGACCGGGGCUGGGGAGGAGGUUGUUGAGACCAAGGAGGUUCCUGUUUAA